UCUGAUGACGUGGCAGCAGCAGAAGCAUAGACCGGAAGCAGAUGACGUUGAAAUUCGGACACUUCGUGUCGUGACUCUCAUCUCUGUCGGGAUUACUGUAGCUGCGAUAUUACUUGGAUUAUUUGGCAGUGUUAUUUUAUUUGCGAAGACUUUGACGUUUCAGAACGAACUAGAAUAUGAGCUACGAUAUUGUGUGUCUAGAUCUCACGAUUUAUGGGACAUUCUGUCUCAGCUCGAAACGUCAAAAGGAGUUGCAAUUUCCCAACGUCGAAAACGCCAAUUCUUCAUGAAUUACUGUAACGAUGUGACAAAUUGUGGUGGACCAUCGGAUUGUGGUCAGGAGACUGGGUGUGCUAUACAUCCAGUGCAUUCAUGUGGUGGAGGUGGAGGAUGCUCCCAGCCAGUUGUAGUUCAGCAGCCAGUGAUUCAACAACCCAUUGUUCACAGCCCACAGCAGCAAUUCUGUAUUUUCGGUCCACCUGGGCCUCCUGGAAUUCCGGGCCUUGAUGGAAAUGACGGGGACGAUGGAUCCGAAGGUUAUCCUGGUGUUCCUGGAGCUAAUGUUCCAGAUACCGUACUUCCAGAAAUUGAUGAUUUCUGCUUUGAUUGCCCACCAGCGAGAAGUGGGCCGCCAGGGCCUCCAGGACCAAAAGGCCCCCGCGGUACUCCAGGUCCAACUGGCCCAAAAAACUUCUAUAUUACAUCAGGCCCACCAGGCCCCCCAGGUCCUCCAGGCCCACCCGGUAAUCCGGGAGGCAUUGGUCCUCGCGGCCCACCAGGUGAUCCAGGCAUAAUGACUCAAGACUCAAGAGGUGUCGAAGGACCAAGUGGACCAUCUGGACCACCUGGACCAAUGGGGUUUCCUGGACCGAAAGGAAUCGAUGGAUUUUCACAAGUGGGCUCAAUGGGUCCACCUGGAAAUCGAGGAGCUCCUGGUCGUGUUGGCUUGAAUGGCCCGAGAGGCCCACCAGGAGAUAUUGGGCCUCCUGGGUCUGCUGGAGGAUGUUCGGCUUGUCCCAUUCCACGUGUCAGCCCUGGUUACUGAUCAAUUGGCCUCAAUCUUUGAUAUUUCCCAUGUAAUUAACUAAAUAAAUGGUUGGGAUAAA